AUGCACCACCUACCAUCGCCCUUCCUCGCACUGAGCACAUCCUUCCGCCGCUCCCGUGACUCCAAAUCACCAGGCAGCGAAGCCUCAAGCCCACCAAGCUCAACCACCACAUCGCCACCCUCCUCUCCAACCUCCCUGCGACACUCGCCACCACACAGCUCCCCCCACCACCUCUUUAACCUCUCCUUCCACCCGUCCAAAUCACACACGCACACCUUCCGCGAUCCUCACUCAGACGAGAACUCACCAGUCCACACCUCGCACCCACACCCCACCUCCGACAUCCCGCUCCACAAUGCAGCCCACAAUACCACCGGCGUGAGCGUGCUACCCUGCGCAGUCCUGCGGGGCCGUUCGUCGAUGAUGGUUGUACGUCGCCGACCCUCUGCCAUCGAUAUGGCGCUGAGCGAGGAGCGGUCGCGGUGUGAUGGGGAUUCCAUUGAGCGGCAGGGGUUGGGAUUGAUGGAGCCGCGGCCAGUGGAUCCGCAGGGGCGGGUCGGGGAGGUACACCGUUUUGUCAUGGGUGGCAUCUUUGAGGUUAUGGAGGGCCGCGCUUGA